CCGUGCCAUUUUCCUGCUUGUCCCCAACUGUCACCGGGUCGUGUUUGUCACCCAGAGUGUCCCCACAGUGUUCCCAAGGCAUCCCGGAGUGUCCCUGGAGUGUCCCCAGCGACCAUGGAGCCCCUCGAGCUGUCCCCGGCCCUGCUGCAGCCGCAGGUCACCGUGGUGGCCAUCCUGGGCGAGCUGCUGGCCACCGCGCCCAGUCGGGAUGAGGAGAUGCUGCUGUCCAUGUCGGCAAGGUGCCUGUACUGGGACCUGGUGGACUUCACCAGGGAGCUCCGGGAAAACCUGUCCAGCACUGGUGGCAUCUGGUGGUGCAGCCUUGUCAUCUACUCUGGUAACUGUUCUUACACCUCCCUGAGCCGGGCCCUGGCUGUCUACAAGAGCACCCCACGGCCCCCCUGGGACAAUGUGACAUCGGUGGUCAGGAGUUGGAAGUGGUCGGUGUCUGAGCUUCUGGACAGGUGGGCCCAGCUGGCCAGGAAAGCCACCCAACUCCGCAACACCUGCAGGGAGGUGGCCACCAAGGCAGACGACAUGGUGGCCACCACCUGGGCCAGGGAGCUGCAGGGCAAGGCUGCCCGUGAUGGGACAGCUCAGGAAAGCAUGGUGGAGCUGGGUCAGGCUCUGGGCAGGGAGGAGGGGGCAGAGGUGGUGGCCCGGGUGAGGAGAGAUGCCAGGGUAGCUGCCAACUGGGCAACCAUGGCCACCACGGUGACACAGAGGGCGGAGGCGGCCCUGGGGCUGCUGGAGCGCUUGGUGGCCGCGUGUGACAAAGCCACUGCCUUCCCCCGGGAGCUGCAGCGCCUGCUCAGGGACAUUGAGGCCUCUGUGAAGGGGACAAAUGAGGCAUCCCCCAAUGUCCCUGAGGACUUGGUGGCCAAGGUGGCCGUGGCCGAGCAGCUGUGGGAGGCCAACGCCUGCCUGGCCAAGGAUCACCUUCUGGGGACAGUUGAGGACAUCAUCCAGUUUUAUAUCAAUGAUGAUCCCGCCAGCCCCAGUGCCUGUGGGGUGGCCGAGAGGUGCCAAAGAGUCAUCGAGGACAUCCCAAGGCUCAUUCAAACCCCAGAGAGACGCCAGAGCAUCCCCAAGGUGUCCCCAGUGAGCAUGGAGCUCCAAGAGCUGUCCCCAGCCCUGCUGCAGCCACAGGUCGCUGUGGUGGCCAUCGUGGGCGAGCUGCUGGCCACCCUGCCCAGGCGGGCUGAGAUGAUGCUGCUGCCUGUGUCCCCAUUGCGCCUGUACUCAGAACUGGAGAAAUUCACCAGGGAGCUCCGGUCCACCCUGUACAGCAUUGAUGACACCUGGUGGCACCGCAAUGUCACCACCAAUGAGGAUGACCCUCCCACCUCCCUAAGCCAGGCCCUGGCCACCUACCAGAGUGCCCCAUGGACCACCGAGAACCCUGUGGCAAUGGCAGCCUACGAGUGGCAGUCAAUGGCGAUUCGCCUUGAGGUCAGUUGGGAGUGUCUGGCCAGGAGGGCCACCUGGCUCUGCAACACCUGCAGAGAGGUGGUCACUGAGGCAGCCAAUAUGGUGCCCACGGCCACCACCCGGGCCAGGGAGCUGCAGCACAAGGCUGCCUGUGAUGGGACAGCUCAGGAAAACGUGGUGGAGCUGGGUCAGGCCCUGGGCAGAGAGGAGGGGGCGGAGGUGGUGGCCGGGUUUGAAGCCCCGGUGAGGAGAGAUGCCAGGGUGGCUGUCAGCUGGGCAGCCAGGGCCAGCAUGGUGAGACAGCGGGUGGAGGUGACCCUGGGGCUGCUGGAGCGCUUGGCGGCCGCGUGUGAUGCAGCCACUGCCUUCCCCCGGGAGCUGCAGCACCUGCUCGAGGGCAUCAGAGCGGCCAUGGAGGAGACAAAUGAGGCGUCCCCCGACAUCCCUGAGGACUUGGUGGCCAAGGUGGCUAUGGCCAAGCGGAUGUGGGAGGCCAACGCCCGCCUGGUCAAGGAUCACCUGGUGGGGACAGUUCCAGACACCAUCAAGUUCUUGUUCAAUGGUGGCCCCGCCAGCCCCAGUGCCUGUGAGGUGGCCGAGCGGUGCCAAAGAGCCACUGAGGACAUCCCAAGGCUCCUUCAACCCCUGGAGAGUCCCCAGAGCAUCCCCAAGGUGUCACCAGUGAUCAUGGAGCUCCAAGAGCUGUCCCCGGCCCUGCUGCAGCCACAGGUCACUGUGGUGGCCAUCCUGGGCGAGCUGCUGGCCACCCUGCCCAGUCGGGACAAGGUGAUUUUGCUCGGGUCUGCAGUGAGCCUCUACAGGGACCUGGAGGAAUUCACCAGGAGGAUCCGGGUCACCAUGUACUUCACUGAUGACACCUGGUUCUGCCACAAUGUCACCUCCUAUGAUGAUAACACUCCCACCUCCAAUGAUGAUGCUCCCAACUCCCUGAGCCAGGCCCUGGCCGCCUACAAGAGCACCUCAGGGACCCGUCGGAAUCAUGUGAUAAUGGCAGCCAGCAAGUGGCAGGAAUUGGUGGCCGCGCUCGUGGACAGGUGGGCCGAGCUGUCCAAAAAUGCCACCAAGCUCCGCAACACCUGCAGGGAUGUGGCCACCAAGGCAGACGACAUGGCAACCAUUAUCCAGGCCAGGCGCCUGCAGGACAAGGCUGCCCAUUAUGGGUCAGCUCAGAAAAACGUGGUGGAGCUGGGUCUGGCCCUGGGCAGGCAGGAGGGGGCCAAGGUGGUGGCCGGGCAUGAAUCCUGGGUGAGGAGAGAUGCCAGGGUGGCUGCCAGCUGGGCAACAACGGCCACCAUGUUGAGACAGCGGCUGGAGGCGGCCCUGGGGCUGCUGGAGCGCUUGGUGGCCGCGUGUCACGAAGCCACUGCCUUCCCCCGGGAGCUGCAGUGGCGGCUCAGGGACAUUGAGGCCUCUGUGAAGGGGACAAAUGAGGCAUCCCCUGCUGUCCCUGAGGACUUGGUGGCCAAGGUGGCCGAAGCCGAGCGGCUGUGGGAGGCCAGCCACCACCUGGCCAAGGAUCACCUGCUGGGGACACUUCAAGACAUCAUCGACUUCUAUUUUGAUGGUGAUCCCACCAGCCCCAGUGGGGUGGCCGAGCGGUGCCAAAGAGCCAUUGAGGACAUCCCAAGGCUCCUUCGACCCCUGGAGCGUCCCCAAGGUGUCCCCAAGGUGUCCCCAGUGAGCAUGGAGCUCCAAGAGCUGUCCCCGGCCCUGCUGCAGCCACAGGUCACUGUGGUGGCCACCCUGGGCAUGCUGCUGGCCACCCUGCCCAGGCGGGACGAGAUGAAGGUCAUGUCCGCAUUGCACCUGUACUGGGACCUGGUGGACUUCACCAAGGAGCUCUGGGUCACCCUGUACCGCAUUGAUGACACAUGGUGGCACCACUAUGUCACCUCCCAUGAUGAUGAUCCUGUCACCUCGUUGAGCCAGGCCCUGGCUGCCAAUGAGAGCAACCCAUGGACCCCCCGAAACCAUGUGACAAUGGCAGCCAGCAAGUGGCAGCGGUCAGUGACUGUUCUUCUGGAGGGCUGGGCCCGACUGGCCAGGAAAGCCACGAAGCUCCACAACACCCGCAGGAGGGUGGCCACUGAGGCAGAAAGCAUGGUGGCCACUGCCACUGACUGGGCACGGCUCCCGCAGACUGUCGCUCACCUUGAUGGGACAGCUCAGGAAAACAUAGAGGAGCUGCAUCUGCCUCUGUUCAGGGAGGAGUGGGCCAAGGUGGUGGCCGGGCAUGAAGAUCGGGUGAGGAGAGAUGCCAGGGUGGCUGCCAGCCGGGUAACCACGGCCACCAUGGAGAGACAGCGGCUGGAGGCGGCCCUGGGGCUGCUGGAGCGCUUGGUGGCCGCGUGUCACGAAGCCACCGCCUUCCCCCGGGAGCUGCAGCACAGGGCUGGGGACAUCGUGGCCACCCUGAAGGGGACAAAUGAGGCAUCCCCCAAUGUCCCUGAGGACUUGGUGGCCAAGGUGGCCGUGGCCGAGCGGCUGUGGGAGGCCAACGCCCGCCUGGCCAAGGAUCACCUGCUGGGGACACUUCAAGACACCAUCAAGUUCUUGUUCACUGGUGGUCCCACCAGCCCCAGGGGUGUGGUCGAGCGGUGUCAAAGAGCCAUCGAGGACAUCCCAAGGCUCCUUCAACACUUGGAGCGUCCCCAAAGUGUCCCCAAGUUGUUCCCAGUGAGCAUGGAGCUCCAAGAGUUGCGACAGGGUGGGCUGUUCCUGGCCCUGCUGCAGCCACCGGUCUCAGUGGUGGCCAUCCUGGGCGAGCUGCUGGCCACCCUGCCCAGGCAGAAUGAGUUGAUUCUGCUCAAGUCCUCAGGGCAGCUGUACUUGGACCUGGACAAAUUCACCAUGGACCUCAGGGAGACUAUAGAGUGCAUUUGUCAUAUCUGGUGGCGUGGCGAUAUCACCUUCGAUGAUGAUUUCUCUCCAACCUCCCUGAGCCGGGCCCUGGUUGUCUACAAGAGCACCCCAUGGACCAUAUGGUUCCAUGUGGCGAUGGUGGCCAGCAACUGGCAGGGGAUGGUGGCUGACCUUGUGAAGAGCUGGGUGCAGCUGGCCGGGAAGGCCACCCAACUCCGCAACACCUGCAGGAGGGUGGUCAAUGAGGCAGCCACCAAGGUGGCCAUCCCAACGGCCCGGGCCAGGGAGCUGCAGGACAAGGCUGCCCAUGAUGAGACAGCUCAGGAAAACAUGGUGGAGCUGGGUCAGGCACAAGGUGGGGAGGAGGGGGCCAAGGGUGCACAUGAAACCCGGGUGAAGAGAGACGCCAGGGUGGCUGCCAGCUGGGCAGCCAAGUACACCAUGGUGAGACAGCGGGUGGACGUGGCCCUGGGGCUGCUGGAGGGCUUGGUGGCCGCGUGUGACGAAGCCACCGCCUUCCCCCGGGAGCUGCAGUGGCGGCUCGAGGACAUCCAGGCCGCCAUGAAGGGGACAAAUGAGGCAUCCCCCGAUGUCCCCGAGGACUUGGUGGCCAAGGUGGCCAUGGCUGAGCGGCUGUGGGAGGCCAACGCCCGCCUGGCCAAGGAUCACCUGCUGGGAGCAGUUGAUGACAUCAUCAAGUUCUAUUUUGAUGGUGCUCCCGCCAGCCCCAGUGCCUGUGGGGUGGCCAAGCGGUGCCAAAGAGCCAUCGAGGACAUCCCAAGGCUCCUUCGACCCCCGGAGCGUCCUCAGAGAAUCCCCAAGGUGUCCCCAGUGAGCAUGGAGCCCCAAGAGCUGUCUCCGGACCUGCUGCAGCCACAGGUCACCGUGGUGGCCAUCGUGGGCGAGCUGCUGGCCACCCUGCCCAGGCGGGACAAGGUGAUUUUGCUCGAGACCUCAGGGUGCCUGUACUGGGACCUGGUGGCUUUCACCGAGAAGCUCCGAGUAACCCUGUAUUGCAUUGAUGACACCUGGUGGACUGGCAUUGUCACCUCCGAUGAAGAUGACCCUCCCACCUCCCUGAGCCAGGCCCUGGAUGCCUACGAGAGCACCAAAUGGACCACCUGGGACCGUGUGACGUCGGUGGCCAGCAAGUGGCAGGGGUUGGUGGCUGUAGUUGAGGAGAGCUGGGCCCGGCUGGCCAGGGCAGCCACCAAGCUCCACAAUACCUGCAGGGAGGUGGUCACUGAGGCGGUAGAGAUGGCAGCCACGGCCACCACCCAGGCCACGGAGCUGCAGGACAAAGCUGCCUGUGAUGGGACAGCUCAGGAAAACAUGGUGGGGCUGGGUCAGGCACUUGGUGGGGAGGAGGUGGCCGAGGUGGUGGCCGGGCAUGAAGCCUGGGUGAGGAGAGAGCCCAGGGUGGCUGCCAGCGAGGCAACAAGGGCCACCAUGGUGAGACAGCAGCUGGAGGAGGCCCUGGGGCUGCUGGAGCGCUUGGUGGCCGCGUGUGACGAAACCACCGCCUUCCCCCGGGAGCUGCAGCGCCUGCUCAGGGACAUCAAGGCCUCUGUGAAGGAGACAUAUUUUGAAACCCCUGCUGUCCCUGAGGACUUGGUGGCCAAGGUGGCCGUGGCCGAGCGGCUGUGGGAGGCCAAUGCCCGCCUGGUCAAGGAUCACCUGCUAGGGGCAGUUCCAGACACCAUCAAGUUCUAUUUCACUGGUGGUCCUGGCAGCCCCAGUGCCUAUGGGGUGGCCGAGCGGUGCCAAAGAGCCAUCGAGGACAUCCCAAGGCUCCUUCAAUCCCCGGAUUGUCUCCAGAGUGUCCGCAAGGCAUCCUCAGUGAGCAUGGAGCUCCAAGAGGUGUCCCCUCCUCAGUUGCAGGCGCUGGUGGCUGUGGUGGCCACCCUGGGCGAGGUGGUGGCCACUGUGGCUGGGCCACAAAGGGGCAAGUUCCUGCACCCAUCUCCAGACUCCCUGCAUGAGGACCUGAAGAACUUCACCCAGAACCUCUGUAAGAUUCUGUACCAUGGUGAUGUCACCUCCCUGGGCCACCGUGGUGUCACCUCCCUGGGCCGGGCCCUGGCCGCCCUCAGGGCAACCUCUGACACAACCUGGGCUGAUGUCAGAGCCGAGGCCAGCGCCUGGUGGGAGUCAGUGGCCAAGCUUGUGGACAACUGUGACCAGCUGGCCAGGGAGGCCACCAAGCUCCGUGACGCCUGUGGGAAGGUGGUCAUGGACCAGCACCUGAUGGUGGCACUGGACACGAAGGAGGUGGCCUGGGAAAUGGCCACACACGAUGCCCAGGUGGCAGCAGUCACCAACAAGGCCAUGGGAAAGGCUGUGGUGGCCACCAGGAGGGGACAUUGGACCGAGGUGGCCCUGGGACCACUGGAGCGCUUGGUGGCUGCGUGUGACAAAGCCACCUUGUUCAACUGGAACAUGGAGUGCCGGCUCAGGGACAUUGAGGCCGCCCUGAAGGGGACAAAUGAGGUGUCCCCUGAUGUCCUCCAGGACUUGGGGGCCAAGGUGACCAAGUUUGAGUGGUUGUGGGUGGCCAGCGCCCGCCUGGCCAAGGAUCACCUGCUGGGGACACUUGGGGUCAUUUACAACAUCCUCUUGAGUCGCUGUGGUGACCAUGGUGACCCCAUUGGCCCCAGCAGCCACGCAGUGGCCAAGCAGUGCCAAAAAGCCAUUGAGGACAUCCCAAGGCUGCUGUGGGGACAGUGAUACCACCACUGUGACCUCACUGGGGCAAUGAUGUCACUGGAGAGUCUUGUGGACACUCGAGUGCCACCAGCUCCUCAAGUCACCAAGAGACCUUUGAAUGCCCACCAGCCUGGGACAGAACGGGUGCCACCGGGCUGGUGGUACUGCCAUCUCCCUGGUGCCACCUGUGUGCUGUCCCCAAGUCCCUGCAUCCCCACAGAGGGGACACAGGGGUGGUGGGAGGGGACAGGGGGUCUCUAAGGGAUAGAGGGGACAGCAGAGCCCUCAAGGGAGGGGACAAGGGGAACCCCGGGAGGUCACAAGUGCCACCAGGUCCCUGACACCUCCCCUGUCCUCUCCCCAGCUGUCCCCUCCACAGCUGGAGUUGGUGAUGGACAUGGUGGCUGUCGUGGGCAAGGUGGUGGCCACUGUGACCGAGCCAUACAGGGGCAAGUGCCUGCACAAGGCCCCAAACUCCCUGCAUGAGGACUUGAGGAGAUUCACCGGGAGCCUCUGUAGGACGCUGAACAUGCCUGUGCCACCGUGGUGUCCACUCCCUGGGCCAAGCCCUGGCCACCCUUGGGGCCACCCUGGGACCACCUGGGCUGAUGUCAGAGCCGUGGCCAGUGUCUGGCGGGAGUCGGUGGCCAGGAUCAUGCACAGAUGGGCCCGGCUGCCCAGGGAGGCCACUGAGCUCCGUGCCACCGGCAGGGAGGUGGCCACUGCAGAAGCCACAGUUGCAGCCACCGCCCAAGACAGGAACUGGCAGGACAUGGCCACCUGCUUGGGGACAGCUCAGGAAAACACGGUGGCCACUGAACAGGAGCUGCCACUGGCCCUUGACAGGGAGGAGGGGCCUCGGCAAUGGCUGCGCUCGAGGCCCGGGUGGUGGCGGCCACCAACAAAGGGCUGGUGUCCACCGUGGCCAUGGGAGAGGCUGUGGUGGCCAAGAGCCAGGCGAUGGCGGCCACCAGGAGGUGAAGGUGGCCCUGGGGCUGCUGGAGUGCUUGGUGGCCGCGUGUGACAAAGCCACCGCCUUUCCCCAGGAGCUGCAGUGCCUGCUCAGGGACAUCGUAAACACCACGGAGGGGACAGAGGAGGAGUCUCCCAAUGUCCCCAAGGCCUUGCCAGCCAAGGUGGCCAUGGCCAAGUGGCUUUGGGUGGCCAAUGCACACCUGGCCAAGGAUCACCUGCUGGGGACACAUGAUGACAUCAACCACAUCUUCAGUUCUGAUGCCAACAGCUCCAGUAUCCGUGUGGAGACCAAAAAGCGCCAAAAAGACAUUGAGGAUAUUGUGAAUUUGCUGCAGGGAUGGUGAUGUCACUGCCGUGACAUCAUGGGGGCAGUGACAUCAUGGGAGACGUUGCUGCUCUCACCUGUCCCCUCCCCGUGCAAUAUUUGAGACAAAUUUGGGGAAUUUUCUGGGAAUUUUCAUUGAUACUGUUGCAAAUCUUGAUGGGAACUUGUGGGGUGACGUCACCGGGGACAGUGUAGGAACACUCUGAGGACACUCAGGAACACUCAGGGACAGGGGUGACUGAGUCCCCUCAGCAGCUUCCCGCUUUCCACUGUGCCUGCAGCAGAGCUGGGACAUAAACGACAAUUUAAAAAUUGCCUUCUGCAGUUCUGCGUUGGCUUUUGCACUUUUGUAUUGCCUUUUGCUCACUGUUAUUAUUCAACAGCCAUUUGAUAUGGUGUUUGAUACUGAUAUUGAUUGUUGGUGAUUCCUUGUAGCUGCUGGUUGGUGCAAUAAAAUCUAUCAGU